UCUCACAUCAGCCUCUGUGGGGCCUAUAUUAGCAGCAGAGGGGAAGGUCUACACAUGAACCGAGUUGGUCUGACAGGCGACAUCCUGAGAGAGAAGAGAGAAAGCAGCACUCUGCAGGGAUGGGAUACUUGUCUUUUUUCCCCACCGAAACAUGGACUCUCCUCUUUCUAUUUUUGGGCCUGCUGACAGCGUAUGGGGUCUGGCCUUACAGGUUAUUUAAAAACCUAGGAAUCCCCGGCCCUACACCGUUACCUUUUCUUGGGACCCUUCUGGAAUAUAGAAAGGGGUUCACUCAGUUUGACACCAAGUGUUUCAAGAAGUAUGGAAAACUAUGGGGUAUCUUUGAUGGGAGACAGCCUAUUCUGUCUGUGUUGGAUAAGACCAUCAUCAAAACAGUCAUGGUGAAAGAAUGCUAUUCGCUCUUCACCAACAGAAGGAAUCUACGCAUAAACGGACCGCUUAACGACGCCGUGUCUGUUGUCGAGGACGAUGACUGGCGCCGUAUCCGGAGUGUUCUGUCUCCGUCUUUCACCAGCGGACGCCUGAAAGAGAUGUUUGGCAUCAUGAAGACGCACUCAAAGACGCUGGUCAGGAACCUGAGGCGAGAGGCUGUCCAGGGCAAACCAGUGGAUCUCAAAGAGUUUGUUGGAGCAUACAGCAUGGACGUGGUGACCAGUACAGCUUUUAGUGUGGACAUCGAUUCACUUAACAACCCCAAUGACCCCUUUGUCACCAACAUCAAGGAAUUGUUCAAGUUCAACAUUUUCAACCCCUUUCUUCUCUUAAUAAUGUUCUUCCCUUUUACCAUUCCCCUCCUGGAGAAGAUGAACUUCUCUUUGAGGCCUGCUGGUGUCAUGGACUUCUUCUACACCUCGCUGAGGAAGAUCAAAGCCGAGAGGGAGACCAGCUCUCAAAAGAGUCGAGUGGACUUCCUCCAGCUGAUGAUGGAUUCCCAGGGGUCGGAGACUGAGGGCAAUCAGCGAGAGGAAACGCCAAAUAAAGGGCUGAGUGACCACGAGAUUCUGUCUCAGUCGUUGAUCUUCAUCUUCGCCGGCUAUGAGACCACCAGCAGCACCCUGUCCUUCCUCUUCUACAACCUAGCCACCAACCCCGAGACCCUGGAGAAACUGCAGCAGGAGGUUGACCAGGUCUUCCCAGACAAGGCUCCAGUGUCCUAUGAGGGCGUGAUGCAGAUGGAGUAUCUGGACAGUGUUCUGAACGAGACCUUGCGCAUCUUCCCUGUGGUGCCACGCGUGGAGAGGGUCAGCAAGAGGACCGUCGACAUCAACGGCAUCGCCAUCCCCAAGGGGACGGUCGUCAUGGUGCCCGUCUACGUGCUCCACAGAGACCCAGACGUCUGGAGCGACCCCGAGAGCUUCAAACCGGAAAGGUUCAGUAAGGAGAACAAAGAGAGCAUUGACCCGUACACCUACAUGCCGUUCGGACUCGGCCCCAGGAACUGUAUCGGGAUGCGCUUCGCCCUGGUCAGCAUGAAGCUGGUCGUCGUGGAGGUGCUGCAGAGAUUCACCGUCGCCACCUGUGAGGAGACGCAGGUUCCUAUGGAACUGGACAACCAGGGUCUCUUGGCGCCCAAGGAGCCCAUUAAACUCAAGCUCAUCCCGCGCACAUCGUCUCACGAUACAUCAGCGGAAUAGGACAGCACACCUGCUGUUUGUGGACACUCCUUAAAACUCAGAUACUCAGUUACUUUCAUUUGUUUUUGUCAGUAAAACAAUGUGUUAAAACAUAAUUUAGCAAUUUAACAUAACACAAACGUGGAAACGUUGGUGUAAGUGAGAUAGUGACCUUGAUAGCAUUCUGGUAGCAGUUUGCAGUUUGCUAUACAUUGUCCCUUUUAAACUGUCUGUGAUUUUGCUGCGGAAAUACAAAUCAAUUUUCUAUUUUUUUUACAGCUUUUGCCCAUUGCUUACACACUAAAAACGAAUGCUUUGACCAAAGCUUCACUUAAACUUCUUGUAGCAUACCGUAAACAAUGUUUAAACCAAAACAAAACCAA